CGAAUCACAUUUGUCCGAUAAAGGAGUAUUGACAGUUUGCGCAUCCAAAACCAUUGUCGGCCUACCUGAAGCACGGAACAUUCCGAUUCAAGCAUCUCCGAAAGAACCGGAAACAACUCCGAAAUCACUUUCAAACGGUGCAAAGCAGUAA